AUGAUUUAUAUAAUUGGUUUAGGUGAUAAUGAGAAAGUAAUGAGGGAACAAAUGAGAAAGAGUCUUCUUGUAUUGGCUGGAAAAACUGAAUGUCUUUUUGAUCUCUUCUUUCAAACCUUUUCUGUAGUAUUAAAGGAAAGGUCCUUUUUUAAUGUUUUUUUUGCAGACUUUAAAAAAAAUCAGCAGCUGAAAAUGCAAGAAGCAAGUGAAGGAGACUGGAAGAUAACAGUAGUCACUGGGAAUUUUGAAGCAGCUGGCACAACAGCAACAGUAUUCCUUUAUGCUUAUGGAGAAAACAAAGCUUCUGGUCCAAUUAUUUUGGGAUCUGGGAAACAGCAGCUGUUUAAUCCCAACAGUAAAGAUACAUUUAAGAUUAAUCUCAGAGGUCUUGGGCAGCUGUAUAAAAUCCGCAUAGGCCACGACAACUCUGGAAAUGAUCCCAGCUGGUACCUGGAGGAAAUCAGGCUUGAAAGAGAAGUCCCUGUGUCUGCUGAAGAGAUUUGUCUCCCCAUACAGAGCUGGCUUUCCGAAGACAAGGGUGAAGGUGACACGUGGAGAGAAGUGGCAAUAAGAAACCCUGUAGAGGAGCUUUUGCCAUUGUUGGUGUAUGAGGUCCAUGUAUACACAGGGGCUAAACUUGGUGCUGAAACAGAUUCCAAUGUUUAUAUCAACAUCAUUGGGACAAGAGGAGAUGCCGGCAAAAGGAAACUCCAUAGAUCUAAGAAUAAUAAUGUUAAGUUUCGACAUGGACAGAUGGAUAUUUUCUGCAUAAAGGCUGUCUCACUGGGAGACUUGGAGAAAGUUCUGAUUAGCCAUGAUGGAGCUGGUCCAGGCAGUGGAUGGUUCCUGGAUAAGAUUGUCAUCAAACAUAAAGAAGGAGAGGAAGCUCAUGAGGUUGUAUUUCCUUGUAAUAGAUGGUUAGAUGAACAUCAAGAUGAUGGGAAAACAGAGAGGGAGCUAACUGCCAAUACACAACGGUGGAGAGUGCAGGUUAAAACAGAUGGAGAUUCCCCAGAGCCACAGGAGUGUAAAAGGACCCUUGUGAUUUAUGGCUCAAUGGGCAAAAGUGAUGAGCUUCUGCUUUCUCCACAAACCCCAGGAUAUGUGUGCUUUCUCCCCACAGCCACUGAUGAAUUCAUUGUUGAGACUGGAGAUCUGGGAGCUGUAUACAAGAUCCGAGUCAGCUGUGAUCAUGUGCCAGGCUUUAGGGGCUGGCAUCUGAAGUCUUUUCACUUACAAGAGCUGCAUAGGAAACAAGAACUGAACUUUGAGUGCAACUGCUGGCUCACUCUUAAGAGGGGGGAUAAGGAGCUGGUAAAAGAAUUCCCUGCAGUCACUGAGGACCAGAAAACUUUACCAGUCUAUAAGUAUGUUGUUUCUGUGCAUAUUGGUGACCGCUGGGGAGCAGGGACUUUUGCAAAUGUUUACAUCACUCUCUAUGGCAAAAGAGGGGACACAGGAGUGAGGAAACUUGAUACAUCUCUAAUGAAAGGCGAAAAAUUUCAAAGAAAUAAGGUGGAUUCAUUUUUGGUGGAAGCUGUUUCUCUGGGUCACUUGCAGAAAGUGGUCAUAGGUCAUGAUGGAGAAGGCUACGGGGCAGGGAUGUACCUCAAGAUGGUAACAGUCAAGGAAUCACAAGAUUCAGACAAAGAAUGGGUCUUUCCACUGUGGAACUGGCUUGAUACUCAUCUGGGUUUGUGUGAGACUGUUUGUGAGAUUGUAACAGUUGGUAGAAGGUCGACUCUUAGUCCUAAACUGCUUGAAAUCAACAUGAAGUCAUCAGGUUUCUGGAUAAUGGAUAUCACUGGAUCUGAUUUGAGUGCUGAAGAGGAGCCAAUUAGCCUUUCUUUUAUCUUCUACGGCAACCUGAGUCACAAAAAGUUGCCACUUCAAGUCACAGGAAAAGCAAUUCAGAUCAAAGAUGAACUGGCAGGUAUUGGCUCAAUAUACAAAGUCCAGGUAACUGGCCCACACAGUGAGCUAAAACAGCCAUGGCACUUAGAUUUACUGCAUAUGAAGCACACAGACACAAAGGAGGAGAUGUAUUUAGCUUUUGACUGCUGGUUCAACCCCAAGGAAGACAAAUGUGUGGAGCUGCCAGCUCUCUAUGCAGAUCAGGAGCCUUUGCCUGUUGUGGAGUAUGAAAUCCAUUUGCACACGGGAGACUUGAAGAAGGCAGAUGCCACUGGAGAGAUUUAUCUUCGUAUACAAGGAGAAAAAAGUGACUCGGGGAAGCGAUGGCUUAACUCAAAAAACAGCCUGAUCACUUUUGCUAGAGGGCAGGUGGAUAUUUUUAAAAUCAAAUCUGUAUACCUUGGCAAGUUGAAUCAAGUUUGUGUUGGAUUUAAAAGUCUAAGAAAAGAUGGGUGGUUUUUGGAAAAAAUUCUUAUAAAAGAAGUCUUCUAUCCUUUUUCUACACAUGUUUUUUUCCAUGAUGGAUGGAUCAAUAAACGCUCCAAGGAAGAUUAUGUAGAAGUUGAAAUUCCACUCAAAGAGACAUCUGUGACAUCCCUUCCCAUGGAAAAUUUAGAUGCAAAAAGUAGAGGGCGAUGGCAAACAUGGAUGCACUGCACACAAGUACCAGAAGAUGUUCCUAACAUUCAAGUUGUUGCAUUUGGAAGAAAAGGGAAAUCCCCUGCACAGAAAGUUCAAAAUCUGAGUGAUACUCCCUUUUUGUUGACCACUGGUGACAUUGGAGAUAUAACAAAAGUCUCCUUUUUGUUAUGUGGUCCAUCCUUGAGAAGAGGAAUUAAACUCCACAAGCUUCAGCUGAAAGACCUGGACACUAAACAAGAGUUGACCUUUCACACUGAAGCCUCAUGUCUGUUUGGAGAAGAUGGAUCUGAGACUGUGACAGAGCUUGCUGCAGUCAGGCCAGACCAGUCACCACUCAGGAAAGUCCUUUACUUCAUCAAUGUCCAUACAGGAACACUUCCUGCAUCAGGAACUGAUGCAGAUGUAUUUAUUACAGUAUUUGGAGAGUGGGGAGAUUCCUGCAAAAGGAGACUUGGGCACUCACAUUUUGAAACAGGGCAGGUUUGUAUCUCUGAAAUGAGAGCAGUAGACCUUGGACAGUUAAGCAAAGUGCUUGUUGAGCACCAUAAUGUGGGUUAUGGAGCUGGAUGGUACCUCGACCAAGUUGUCAUCCAUGAAUCAGGCAAGACUGAAGAACAAUAUGUAUUUCUUUGCCAGCAAUGGUUAGACAGUGGAGUUGGUGAUACACAGAUGGAACGAACAUUGAAACUUCUUGGAAAAGUCAGGAAUGGAGUGUUGACAGGAAAGAUUUAUGGAACUUGGGAUAUCCAUGUCACAACAAGUGAUAUUUCUUCUAGUUCCAUGAACCCUAAAAUGUCCCUAACUGUAUGUGGUGAAAAAGGAACUUGUACUUCAGUCACAUUCCCCAAAGGAUCCCUUAAAAAAGAGCAGAUUUAUGAGACUUCUAUUGAACUAAGUAAGAAAUUUAAUACUAUAUUCAAAGUUCGCCUAGAAAUUGAAGAAGCCGGAGAAGGAGAGAGUUGGCAUUGCCGUGAGGUAAAGCUUCAACACAGAGAAACUAAAAAUGUUCUAGAAUUCCCAUUUUGUCAUAACUUUGUCGAUGAAGAAGGAGGAAGAGUGACUGAGCUUCCAGUUCUCACAGCUGGGUCUCCUUUUCCAUCAGUGAAAAUCUAUGUUCUCUACAUCACCACGGGAGCUAUCCCUGGGUCAGGAACAGAUGCAGAUGUGUACAUCAUGCUGCAAGGCUCCUUGGGAGAUACUGGCAGAAGAAAGUUAAUUAGGAAAGGAGAUGAAAAUUUCACUAAAGGAAAGGUGGAUAUUUUUCAAGUGGAGGCAGUAGAUAUUGGUAUUCUCCAAAGGAUGGUUGUUGAAAAAGGGAGAGGCUCUGACUGGCUUCUGGAGAAGAUUAUUGUGAAAGAGUCAGCAUCUUCAGGGACAGAAACACUGUUUAUGGCUCAAACAUGGCUUAAAGACAGACGUGAUGGAAAAAGAUCUGCCUCAGUAACUCUGGAUGUCACAGAAGUUCAGGAGAGGAGGAGUACAUCUGCCUGGCCUUUAGGAAGAGACCAAAUGAAUUCAGAAGGCAGAUGGAGGAUUUAUUUCACAAAGCAUCAAGAAGAAACAAAAUCAGAAUUUGAAAAGUUGUCAGAAAAUAUAUCCAAGAUGGUUAUGGUUUUUUAUGGAAGCAACGGCAAGUCAAAUCCAGUUUCCAUGGAAAACAAAGCGGAACAUCAGACUGGGAACCAAAUAACAUAUGAUAUAUAUUUGCCAUCUGAUUUGGGAAUGCUUUAUAAAGUGAGGCUUGGUCUCCAGAGUUUGGAAAACAACAUAUCCCAGUUGUCUCUUCAUCACUUUAAAAUACAGAACACAUCAACCCUGGAUACCUUUAGUCUCACCAUAAAUGAAACACCUCCUCUUUCUCCUAAUGGAGACAGAUGGGUUGAAUUCCCUAUACAGUGGCCAUUAAAAGAAGCACUUUCUGUGGUUACAUAUCAUCUAACGGUAUUUUCAAGAAAUAUUUUGAAUGAGAGAAACUUAGUGCAUAUGACUGCAUCUAUAUUUGGUACUCAUGGUGACACAGGAGACAGAUCCCUUCUCCAGUCAUUGCAGAAUGUACAGCAGGGAGAGAAAAAUGAGUCAUUUCUAGUUAUGGUGGAUGCUGUUGACUUGGGAGAACUGGAAAAAAUUGUUCUUUCAAUCAGCAGUAAAACAGACUGCAAACUGGACAUUAAAAAAUUGCAUGUGCAAGAAGCUGCAAAGGAGCAUCCUAUCUAUGUAUUUGAAGUGAAUGAAGAAUUUUCUGUGAAUGCAAAUAAGCCCAAAAUAGAGAGAGAAAUUCCAAGAUCUUUUGUUAUUGGAGGAGAGAAACAAAAGAAUGACAUGGAUAACAACUUGAAUAAGGAAGGAAGUAAAGUAAAGAAUUUGACAGAGUAUGCUAUUAAAGUGUACACAGGUGACAAAAGGGGAGCAGGGACUGAUGCCAAUGUCCAUAUUAUUUUAUUUGGGAAUGAGGACAAAUCUGAGGUGUUUCAACUCUCUCAGUCACUGGAGCAUCAAAACCCCUUUGAAAGAGGCCAGGUUGAUACCUUCAAGAUUAAGACAAAAAACCUAGGCAGCCUACGUUCAAUUGAAAUUGGCCACGAUGGGAAAGGAUUUGCAAGUGGCUGGUUUCUAGAAAAAGUGGAAAUCACAGAUGCAGCUAGGAAUUCAGUGCAUUGCUUCAACUGUAACAGGUGGCUUUCUGAAGAUGAAAAUGAUGGCCUCACCAUAGUGCAGCUUUAUCCACAGCUGCUUGAUUUCUGA